AGCAGGGACUAGAGUAGGGAGGGUCACUGUGGCUUAGGUCGCACCUCAGAGUGCGGGUUCCGGAUCCCGGCGGCCCAGCCGCAUCCUCCGCCCCUCAGCAGCCCUCUGCCCAAUAACCCCAGUCUAAAGUCUCCUCCGCCCCCCGCGCCAGGAGCUGACCCCCGGUACCUCCGCCUGUACAUCCUGGCAUGUCCACAGCCCACCUAGUCCCCUGUCCUCUCCGAGCCCUAGUCCAGCACCCCUCAUCCAGAGCCCUCGGUCCCCGCCCCCCGAGUUCCCGCAGUCCUUUGGUCUGUGCUCAGCCCUGGGUCCCACCCCGCAGUCUCUGGUGCGGACCCUGACAGCUCCCGACCAGCUGCCCAUCGCAUUGCUCUCCACCCGGGUUACAGACAGGCUCUGCGCACCCCGCUGAGGUCGGCGGCCAUCAGCAACGACCGCAGAGCUACAGCGGGCGGCCCCGGGCAUGUAUGCCCCUGGAGGCGCAGGGCUGCCGGGAGGGCGCCGGCGGAGGAGCCCGGGAAGCAGCGCUCUGCCCAAGCAGCCGGAACGGAGCCUGGCUUCGGCCCUGCCUGGCGCCCUGUCCAUCACGGCGCUCUGCACUGCCCUGGCGGAGCCCGCUUGGUUGCACAUCCACGGAGGCACCUGUUCCCGCCAGGAGCUGGGGGUCUCGGACGUGCUGGGCUAUGUGCACCCGGAUCUGCUGAAAGAUUUCUGCAUGAACCCCCAGACAGUGCUGCUCCUGAGGGUCAUUGCUGCCUUCUGCUUCCUGGGCAUCCUGUGUAGUCUCUCUGCAUUCCUCUUGGAUGUCUUUGGGCCCAAGCACCCAGCUCUGAAGAUUACUCGUCGCUAUGCCUUCGCUCACAUCCUCACUGUCCUACAGUGUGCUACCGUCAUUGGCUUUUCCUACUGGGCUUCUGAGCUCAUCCUGGCCCAGCAGCAGCAGCAUAAGAAGUACCACGGCUCCCAAGUCUAUGUCACCUUUGCUGUCAGCUUCUACCUGGUGGCAGGGGCUGGCGGAGCCUCAAUCCUGGCUACUGCGGCCAACCUCCUGCGCCACUAUCCCACGGAGGAGGAGGAACAAGCGCUGGAGCUCCUAUCUGAGAUGGAAGAGAAUGACCCCUACCCAGCAGAGUAUGAAGUCAUCAACCAGUUCCAGCCACCCCCUGCCUACACACCCUAAUGCCAGCCAGGGCUCUCUUCCUCAGCAGCCCUUCCCCCGGUGCCACAGCUCCUCUCACACCCAGAAGAGCCACUUCCCCCACAGGUCUCACCGGUAGGACCCUGACCAUCUUCACCAAACCUUCCCCAGGUGACACUCUGCCUUUAGGGUUGUCCAUUUGCCCCUGCUCUGCAGAGCUGGGGUGAUUUUAUAUAAUGCACUCUUUCCCCUCCCAGAACCCUCUGCUCCUUUCCUGUUCACUAGCUCCUUCCAACCAGGGAUGGUCAGACAAGUUUCCUCCCUCCGUGGGCCAUGUCUUUGGGACUGGGACUUUCCUGGGUUGCUGCUGUAGUGGACAGUCCCUGAGAGAGGUGCCAGCAGGGUACAGAGGGAAGGGGCUGUGCCAUGCAGGUUCACUCUGUCAGGCCCAGCAUUUGUGCCACAUCUGUAUCUGGACUGACUCCCUCAUUCCUUCUAGAGUGCCCUAGGCCCAGCCAUCCACUUUGUGGAUUCUCUGCACUUUAGUCUCUGGGCCACUCCUCAAGUGUGUUCUGGUUUUCUGGAGAGAAGGAAUUGCUGUUGGGGAGCAGAACAGCUGCUCUCCUGCCCUGCCCUGGCUUCCUGUGGUUGGAGCCAGGCAGGGAAGCAGAACCAGGCAAGACACUGAUCCUAUCGAGGACCCCAGUGAAGGGGACUGAGUGCCCCAGCCCCUUCGCCUUUUAAUGUGAGUGGUUUUAAGUGGAAAACAGAACAAAACCAAGCAUUAGCAGCCAUGCUCUCUUUCUAAAACAGGGAUAUGGCUGCUGUUGUUCAGAAAUGGAGCCCAUCCCUUAGACUCUGCAAUAUUUUGGACCAUAGCUCCCUCUAAGCCUAUAGUCACUUCUCCCAGUCUCUUUAACAGAAUGCAGGCUUUCUGUCCUGACUCCUUCUUCCAGGCAGCUGUGGCUCCCUGGGGCCUUUCUGUGGAACUAGGGCCACGUGGCCCCUGCGGGGCUGAGAACUAUGGCCUGGCUGGCUGGCCAGCGUGGUGCUCCUCAGAACUGUGGCACUGAGAUGUAACCUGGCCUCAGUUCAGGCACAGGGGCCAAGCAGGGCAGGACCCUCCACUUUCCACAAUAGUGCUCCACCCAGAGGCCCAUCAGGUUGGUGUCAGGACCCUGUCAGAUGUGCAGGCCUGGCUGUAGCCUUCAGAGUCAAUGUGUCCCCUAGCCUGUGACUUGGGGCUACAGCUUGCUGCAUGCCCCUCUCCCCUCUGGAAUGUAUGCUGGUCUUGCAGUGUGCUACUGGGCUGUUACUCUAGCUAUUCUGUUUGCCUUGGGUCCAGUUUUAUUGUUUGUUUGUUUAUUUUGUUGUUUUGCCUGGAGACCUGGGGCAUAAGGCAGGUGGGACUUGAGAGGCCUGCAGCUUGGAUCCAGAUAGGCAAGCUCUUCUAGUUCAUUUAUGAGCUUCUUUGGAGUGAGAGUCUAAUGCUAGCUGAAAAGGAAAUGAAUUCCAAUCUCCUCUCACCCUUAAAACAACAGACAUUUUGAGCAAGAAUGGAGACUCAAUACAGUCACUGAACUGUGACCACAAGACUGUCACCUCCUCAUUCUUUGGCCAGAAAGAGUGGGGCAUAUGUGGACAAAUGCCCAUGCAGAUAAAGACCAAGUGUGCCCAUAAGAAAGCAUCUGCUUGGAGCUCCCUGCUGUGAUGCCAAAGUGUGCCCCAGUAUGACUCUCCCAUUCUUCCAGACCCUUCUCUGAAGCAAGAAAAGCUGCCAGGUGAUACCUGAGCACAAAAUCAAGGAGCUAAAUUAAGACUACCUUUCUGUGAAGUCCUGAGCUCAUCAUUGGCAGGUUUCUGAAGUGUGUGGCCAGCUCUCUACCAUGACAUCUGAGGGAGCAGGCCAGAAGACCAGGCACCAAACAUGCAUGCCAAAGUGAAUGAGGACUUGACCCUGUGGACUGUUCCUUGUGGUCUGGAACCCACUUUUACUAGCUUCCUGUUCCUCUGGCCUUUCUUUCACUUUUCCCUGCCAUUCUGAUACUGAUAGUUUGUCAUAUAAAUUCCUCUGGUUGUGUUUUUCUUUUCUAGGAAAAAAAUUAAAAGGCAAAACAAAAACCAGAAACUACAAAUGAGAACACAAA